AUGUCCAACAUGUCCAUCCACGGCCGGUCUAUUGAGGAGACCAUCAAUGUUCCUGCACUACACUCGGACUCGCAUGUCUUCAAAACCCAGCUGAAAGCUUCCGAGAGGAAUGGAGGGCAUCUUGAAGAGCUCCGUCAAGAAAUUAGGCAGCCUGAAAAUGCAAUGGCGCGAACGAUGGGCAACCCUACUCCAAUCGCUGCAAUGAUCAUUAUGGGUGGCUUGACGGUGUGGGUUUGCGGGAUCCUUGAAUUUAGUCUCGGCAAUAUCUUUCCGUCGGUCGUGUUCUGCGUCUUUGCUCCGUAUUCUGACAACGGGCUAAACACUGUUGCUGGACUAUCAAGCCCUGAGUUCCAGAACACAUAUGCAUUCCUCUUCGUGUCUAUGGACAUCAUGAUUUUGUUUUUCACCAUUUGCUCCUGUCGGAUCAACGUAGUCUUUGUGACUCUCUUCGCGUCCCUGUUCAUGGUAUUUGCUUGCUUGAGUGGGGCUUAUUGGAGACUCGGACUUGGGGAUACCACUAUUGGCAUUCGCCUUACCAUAGUAAGAAUACUUACACUCUGGAGCAAUAAGUUUUGCUUCUGA